AUGCGCCACAUGGCAGCAAACAAGAAGCUGAUGGCGCGAUCAAGCCAUGUUAAACCAUUCUUGACGGACGCAAACAAGACCGAGCGCCUGCGCUUUGCGAUGAAUUUUCUCUUGCCUGGGUCAAAAGGGAGACACUUCUUUGACAAUAUGUACAAUCAG